CCCCAUCUCCUAUAAAAACCCAACCUCACCAAUCUCCGUUCUUCAACAACAAACCACAACAAGCAGCUCAAAAGUUGAGCAAAUCCACCAAAUAUUCCUACACUCUUCUCCGACUUUCUUAUACUAUUCCAAGCAGCUAAGAAGAGGGCCCCAAAUGGGCAAGCCCGGCGUAAACGUGUCUAUGCUUGUGGUAGUAGCAGCAGCAACGGUAGUACUAGGCCUCAUGGCCGCACAGGCAAACGCCUUCGUUCCAUACACGAGGUCCUCCUUGUGGGACAUGAUGCUCCCAUAUUCGGAGGACCCGUUCAGAGUCCUUGAGCAAACCCCACUAACCAUCCCCAAAGGGGUCGAGAACCUUGCUUUUGCACGCGCAGACUGGAAAGAGACCCCCACGACGCAUGUGAUAUCGCUGGACGUCCCCGGGAUGAUGAAGGACGAUAUAAAGAUAGAGGUGGAGGAGAACAGGGUGCUGAGGAUCAGUGGGGAGAGGAAGGGCGAGGAUGAGGAAGUCGAGGGUGAAAGGUGGCACAGGGCUGAGAGGACUAAUGGCAAGUUCUGGAGGCAGUUUAGGGUGCCAGGGAAUGCAGACUUGGAUCGCGUCAAAGCACAUCUUGAGGAUGGUGUUUUGAGGAUCACAGUGCCAAAGUUUGCUGAGGAGAAGAAGCGGCAGCCUAAGGUCAUAAACAUUGCUGAGGAGGGAUCCUCCGGGGUAGACAUCAAGGCCACCAAGGCUACCAGCUGAAAUGGUCACAAGUAAAGUACAAUAUAAUGCUUUGUUUAUCUGCUUUUGUGAAGCGGUGUCACUUUGGUAAGAUGUAUGUUUUCGGAUGUAACCAAAUAAAUCACAACUUCGAGGAUCGAUAAUAGAGAACUGAUGUCAUAAA